UUUUGCACGAAUGUUUGAACUUCAGUCACUACACAUAUAUGAUUAAACCAUAUGGUCACAUUCGUAAUACGUAACCAGCAAACGCUAACUUUCAGGUGUCUACUGGGUACACCAUGGCUGCUGUGACCUCAGAGCAGUAUUUGAUCGAGAGACUUGCUGUAACUUGCAAUAAUCCAGUGUCCCAUCUGCAGCUGACCUGCUGCCCUUCCCACUGUGCUGUCCCAUGGCAGGGCAAGAAUAUAAGGAUUUAUGAAAACAACAACCUGGAGUCUCCCUUGGAACUUACUGGUCACCAUUGCGACGUGUCUGCCAUGGUGUUUGGGACAGUGAGUGAUCGUCUCAUCCUCUGUAGUGCUUCUGAAGAUUAUGUGAUUGUCUGGGAUAUCCAUCGCUGCUACAGACAAAUAAAAGAAGGUGUAAUUGCCUCAGGUAGAGUUGUUGGCACAUUGCUCGGUAGGGUGGUGCAUCUGUCACUAUGUCCACUGAGCUGGAAAGUGGCAGCAUGCUCAGGCUCCAGAGUGGUUCUAUUAAAUGCAGAGAAAGAGGAAGUGCUUGGAGUGCUGAAAGCUCAUCUUGGUCCUGUGACUGCAUCAGAGUUCUGUCCAUGGGAUGCUAAUCUUCUCAUCUCUAUCUCAGAAGACAGAACAUUCAAGAUAUGGGAUGUGAGGAAGGGGGAUAUUAUGUUUGAAUCUGCUGUUCUAUCAGCGUAUCCACUGCUUAGUCUGUUCUUCAUGGAGCAAAACAGUCAGUUCAUCACAGGAUCUGGUGAUGGACAGCUUUGGUGCUACACUCUCCCUGUGGACCACAAAUGUCGCUUGGUGACAAAACUGGACCUUUCGAAGCUUGAACAGAAGCAUGAGAGGAACCUCAGGAAAAUCAAUCCACCUCAAAAUGGAACAGAUGGAACGACUUGUAAUGAUGUGAGAGGAAAAGUGGAGACAACAAAGCCUGUUCUGAGAAUCUGGGCACAGAGACCACAGUCAAACCACGCUAGCCUGCAGCAGGGAGGAAGUUGUGUGUGGAUCGGAAGUUCUGAUGGGCUUUAUCUGCUUGAGCUGGAUACUUCAGAGCUUCUCAAGAUUCUUCCACUCAAAGGCAUAAUAGGUGACCUUAGCAUUUCAAUAGCAGAAUCAUGGGCCAUCACCCAUGGACAUGGUGGCAAUAUGUGUUGUUUGGUGUCCUCGCUAUUCGGGAAUUCAGUCGUCCUUUUUGAGGUGAACAGUGCCUGGCUGGACGAGCUCUGCUUUAGGAUGGCGAAGAGCUUCUCUGUGGAAGAGCAUCUUUCAGUCGUGCCCAGCUCUCCUCUGAUGACUAUGUCCCCUCUGAAUGCUGAGCUGGCAAAACAGGACCCAAAACCUCAGAGAAAAAUAGGUGUGAGCUGUCAGAAGAGUGUGAAGGAUCAGGCUUUAGUUUUUCACACACAAGUGAAGUCAUCAGGAUACAAUGCAGCUCCUCAUAGGACAAUGUUUAGACCAAAGACCAACGUUAAGAAGAAAACCCACUCUGCCUCAACAACUAGCACAAACACAAAAGGCCUCUUAAAUGAGUAUCCAUCACAUUUUGAAGCACCAAGUAUGCCUUACACUCAUUUGAUGGUUUCCACAACUCCAACCACAGUCAACUCUCUACAGUACUCCGGAGAUGGAAAGCAGCUUGUGUGUGGUCUUGGAGACAGUUCGGUUUUGUUGUAUAACUCUCCACUCACCGGUAACCCAGCUGUCUACACAGGGCACAAUAAGGCUGUGAACACUGUUUGCUGGAGUCAUAGUAGGCGGUGGUUUUUGAGUACGUCUGAGGACCCCACCCUUUGCAUCUGGACUGCAAGUGCUUCUGAACCUGUUCUGACCAUGGUCACAAAGCCCAUCAGAACGGCUCAGUUUUAUUAUCUGGACAAGUUUUUACUGCUGGCGUCAGGAUCAAAUCUAAUGUUGUACCUUUACCAUCUGGACACCACAAGAGAUGACAUCAAGAGGUAUAAGCAAAGAAGCAAGUCCAAACUGGCUAGUAAAUUUUGCAUGAAAUCAGGAACAGACAUUACUUCAAUGUCAGCGAUCAAUGACUUCUACUCCUAUAUCAUCUUGGCUGCUGGCGCGGACCGCACCAUCCAGGUGUUCGAUAUGAACCAGGGCUGUAUAGCCACUCAGAUACCCGAUGCCCACAGUAGACCUGUCCACCACCUCACCCAGAACAAAGGGUCCUUGUUCUGUUCACAGACCCUGGAAUCAUACAAUCUCUUCCUGAGCAGUGCCAUAACGGACGGUCUGAAAUUGUGGGACCUGCGCACAGCUAGGUGUGUUCGCCGCUAUGAGAGCCAAGUUAACCGCUGUCAUCACUGCACUGCGGCCUUCUCACCCUGUGGUCGUUUUAUAGCUACUGGCUCGGAGGACCAUUGUGCCUAUAUAUAUGACACACGGAGCAGCAACUUUCUCCAUAAGCUCCAGAGACACUCCGAAACGGUCCUAAAUGUGGCUUUCAACCCUGCAAAUCCAGAGCUGUUGACUGGAACACUCGAUGGAAAACUGGCUUUGUUUCAUCCGGCCGAAUCUCUUCUCCCUUAAGUGUGGAAUUUACCCUAUGGCUCAGUUCUUGCCUCAAGUCCACCGAUCCUGCAGACUAAUGAAAGUCUUACAUCAGUCGCAUUGAGAUGCUGGCGUGCCACCUCUGAGACCUACAUCAUGGACGGGAUCUGUGAUUUCAUCAUUUCAGCCGCCGUUGACAACCUACAGAUGUGACAACAUGCUCACGCCCUCAACCGUUAAGCCAAAGAUGCACCCUCAGAGAAAAGUUCAUUUGAACAUUACAUAGCAACACGUUCCCAUGCACAGAUACACAUAUACACACUAUGCAGUAUUAUGCACAGGUUCAUCUGAUUUGUAAUAUUCUUUGCAGCAAAAGGAUAUUAAAGUAUAAAUUGGGAAUGUCAAUUUUAUUUUAAGAGUGACUCAGUUUAUGUAACCACUUUACAAAUUAAAAAAAAUACCUAAAUACUUUUUUAUAUAAACCUUAGAAUUUGAACCCAGAAUUUUUCUUUUAUUUUUUAAACGUUUUAUCUGUGUGUUGAAUAACAGCCCGUUUUGCAACAGUUUGUAAUGAAGAUGGAUAUAAGGAUAUCAUGUUUAGGUACGUUUGUUUUCGCAUAAAUGAAAUGGAUAACACUUUAUUUUAUGACCCGCAAACAACUGCAAAAGUAAA